GUGCGAUUGGCAGCACCACAUGGCCCAGGCGCGCGCCGCGCAGGACCCGGGCCUCACGUCUGGCUUCGCUCACAAGGUGGGCAAGGCCCGAGGCAAAGCACGAGGCAAGGCGCGUCUCCCGCUGGUCGACGAGGCGGCAGCGCUGGCCGCCAAGGCGGUGAGCGAGGUGGACUGCAGCGGCGAGGAGGGCCCCCCAGUGCUGAAGCGGCCCGCGAGGUUGACGCCGGCGCCAGCGGCCGCUUCGACGGGGGCGCCACAGGCCCCCUCGACGGCGCCAGUGCCCACGCUGCCGAUAUUGGAAGACCCUGGCGCUGCCGCGGAGGAGUCGGACGGCGAUUCCGUGGAGGAGAUGGAGGCCCCUGCGCUGCUGCCCCCGGAUGGCAAUGGCGAUGGCAGGAUCGGCGCCGCGCCGCGCCCUCGGUCACUCGGGGGGUGGCCGUGCAAACUAUUGGGCAAAAUGGUAGGCCGCGAGGUGCCGGCGCCUCCGUGGUUCAACGAUGUGCGGACCGGGGCAAUUGCAGCGGGGCACGGCAGGCAGCGCGCUUCCACCUGCGGCCUCCAUGCCCUCCAGCAUCUCCUGGCACGCACCGGCCCUGAUGUCGUGCUCACCCGACAGGCGUUCGAGGCGCGGUGCAGGUCCGACGAGGUGGACGCUGAUGGCAAUUACGAGUUCAGGGCCAUGCAUCGCAACUUGUACGCUUUCCAGUGCUGCGUGGAGCCCAUGCUGCCCGAAGUGGUCGAGACCGUGACAGUGCAAGGAGAUGACGGCUCAUGGCCAGCAUUGUUCGCGGGGGGGACCUCGGAGGGAGCAGCAGAGGUUCUGGGCUUUCUGGUGCAUGUUCCUGGGCACUGGGUAUCCGUGGUGCCUCCCUGUCCUGGUUCCGGCGGCGAUUGCGCAUGCUUGUUGUGCGACAGCCUCUUUGACGUCGUCUUCGCCCUCCGCGGGGAGGAGUUCGCUGACUUCCUCGAAGCCAUGGGCGUGCACCAGCUCAACAACGGGCAUGGAGUGUGGAGCGCGUACCGAGUGUUCGCCCAUGCUCGCGCCGUCUGAGUAGCCUCAUCUUAGGGGUUCAUCUUAGGGGUUCCUCGUCUUCAUCAUUUCGGCACACCCCUUUCUCGAGAGAGAGAGG